UCCAGAGGCACCGAAGCAGUCAUGGCCGAAGACAGUAACAGUGGAAACACGCCUCCUGCGUUUACCUUCCGCGAAGAAAAAACUCCGAACACAGUCCAGGAAUUAUUCGAGGGCGCUUCGGGCACUCCCGACUGUAGCACCACGCCAUACACAUGUCACUGAAAGCGUAAUCAUCAGUUCCCUACCUAUGGCGUCCCGCAGCAGCGUCAAUCACGGACAGCCCAGUACAAGCCGCGCUGGAAUGGAGGAGGCAUCGGCCGUUACGGAAAACAUCGCUAGGAAUGCUCCUGGAACCGUAGGAAGGGAACAACGAGAGUUGUGUGGUGUCUUACACGGACACGCCAAGGAACCCACGGAUGACACAACCCAGAUUUGUAGAGCCUGUGAUCAAUCGUCUGUGAAGAUGUCUAAAUCUGUAGAACAUUUCCGCAACCGCACUGGCAAAAAACACAAAUGCGAAACCUGUGGUAAACAGUUCCACCGGGCUUAUGAUCUAACUCAUCACCGCACGCAUACAGACGAGAGACCCUACAAAUGCCAAGUAUGUGAAAAAUCGUUCCGGCAUUCUUGUCAUCUAAAAAUUCAUAACCGCACUCAUACAGACGAGAGACCCCACAAAUGCCAAAUAUGUGCUAAAUCGUUUCGGCAGUCUAGUCAUCUAGAUAACCAUAGGCGCACCCAUACAGACGAGAGACCCUACAAAUGCCAAAUAUGUAAUAAAGCUUUCAGGCAGUCUAAUCAUCUAGAUAACCAUAAGCGCGUGCACACAGGUGAGAAACCAUAUAUUUGCAAAACAUGCGGUAAAUCAUACACACAGUUGGCAACUCUCCGUACACAUGAGCACACUCACGCAGAGGAGAAACCUCAUGCAUGCCAAAAAUGUGGUAAAUCAUUUGAAAAGAAAUAUGACCUCAAGAGACAUGUAGACUCCCAAUGUGGAAACAGCGCUUUUGUUUGCGAAAUCUGUGAUCAAUUCUUUAUGAAGAAUUCGACUCUUCUUCGUCACCGCCGAACAAAGCACGUGGAUGAAACUCCUUUUGAGUGUAUGCAGUGCGGUUGUCGUUUUGCAGACAAAGAAACACGCGAUAGGCAUCUGUGCCAGGAGCAACGCAAGAUGUGA